GAUGCAGUGAACGAACCUUUAGUUAGUGUCACCACUUUUUGUUUUAAUGUUAUCCAUAGGUUAAACUAUACAUUAUUUUUUAGCUCUAUCAUGAUUGUUAUUUCAAAUUUCAUAUAUUUUUAUUUUUGGUGCCAAAGUCACUUGGAAUAUUUGGCACUAGGUGGCAUCAAAUGUAUUCAAAUUUUCAAGGGCAAACACAAGGGCUGAUUGCUUUAAAUCGCUGUCAUAACACAAUACCAAAUAAUUGCCAUAUCCUCAUAUCAUAUUGGUCACAUCAACGUUCGUCGUUCUAUGAUUAUUAAUUUUUGCCACUUAGACAUCUUCUAUCCUACAGUCUUGACCGUUGAAGCCUUAAUGCCAGUGUUAAAACUUGUUAUCUUAGCAGAUUGAUUAAAUCCCACUAACUUUGCUUAAAAUGUCGCAUUCUAACGGCGGUGGUUACGAACAAAUUGGUGAUCAAUCGCCGCUCUUGCAUGAUGGUAUACCGUCAUCAGACGUAAAAGCAUCUAGAUUGCUACAUUUCAUCCUUGGUUCCGUCACUGCUGUUAUUGUAGUCAGCACAUUUAUUGGUUCCUUCAUUUUUCACAAAUUAUCUUCCAUACAACUCAAUGUUUUCUUUUCCUCCUGCAUCCUGUUGACUUGUGUUUCAAAUAUUGCUUUGAUGAUUUGGUACAGAAAUCAAGCGUCAACUUCUGCAGUUCGAUUCAUCAUCUAUUUCAACUCCAUUAACAUCAUUUUGCUCUGUAUUUGUGCCAAUUUGUACCACCAUGGCUUCUAAUGAACUUUGUUUUACACUAUUUUUUUCUACUUGAGAAAUGACAAUUAAACAUGGUUUGGUCAACUAAA